UUAGGUUUUAGCUACUGAUUUGUUUUAAAUUCUUCGUGUUAUCCUGCGACUUCAUUUGAUUAUGUGUUUUAUGUGUAAAUUUAGAUAAUUUGCGCGUCAAUUUCGUUCUCCGUUUCGUUUUUCUGUUCUUAUUUGCUUCUCCUGACCGCUAGAAAUCGUUUAAAUUUUUUGUUGGUUGUGAUUUGAGAUAUAAAAAGUAGAUGUAACCUUCUGAACUGCUGCAAUGAUCUGAAUGACGGACGAGGUGUGCGCGUUAAAGUGAGAGAGAACGUAGGCUUAAGAUGAAAGAUCUAAACAGUUAUUUGCAGUUUUAGCAUAUGGAGUAUAUGAUCAUCUGAAUGCAUAUCCUUGGUUCUCUUUCUUUAUGUCAUGUAGUUUUAUGCUGAUGACAUUCUUUCUUAGUGAAUAAUUUUGUGGCCCCUUAAAGUUCAUAUAUAAACUGCGAUCUUUUGUCUGGAAGACAAUGUCAUCAGAAAAUAAUAUCGUUCAAAAGAACGAAAGCAAUUCACCGUUGUUGACCUCAAAAGAGAAAGUCCAAAAGUCUAUUAAGCACAGACAUAAACUUGUGAAGAAGUUCUCAACUGAAAAAUCUGCACCUGUUGAAUCCAGCUCACCAUUGUCAAUAAAAAAGAAAACCCCAAAUUCUUUGAAGGCUAAAAGCAAAAUUGUGAAGAAAUCCUCUGAUAAAAACUCUAAACUUGGUGAAUCUAGCUCACCCUUGUUACCCUCGAAAGAGAAAACUAUAACUUCUGAAAAGAAUAAAGGUAAAUUUGUGAAUAAAGCCUCUGAUGAGAAGCCUAUUGCUUCUAGUUCAAAGGAAGCACAGAACUCUGAAAAUGUUGAAAAGACGCCUGAUAAAGAAUCUAAACCAGUAGUAAAAAAUACCAAGGAAACUCAAAACUCCCAAAACACUAAACCUGAAGGUGCAAAAAAGGGGUUUCAUCAUGAGAGAAAUAAAGACACGAAAAAACUUGGAGGAUUUAUCUUUAUGUGCAAUGGAAAAACAAAAGGAGAUUGUUAUCGAUACCGUGUGAUGGGUGUUCAAGCACACAAGAAAGAGUUAGUGAUGGGGAUCAAACCUGGUAUGAAGCUGUUUCUCUUUGAUUUUGAUGUGAAGCUUUUAUAUGGUAUAUACACUGCAUCUUCACCUGGUGGCAUGAAACUUGAACCAGCUGCUUUUGGUGGGGCCUUUCCUCUUCAGGUUCGUUUUGAGGUUUAUAAAGACUGUCUUCCACUACCUGAGAGUGUUUUUAAGAAGGCUAUUAAGGAGAGUUAUGAUGAAAGAACUCGCAAGUUCAAGACCGAGUUAACUAUCGAUCAAGUAAAGAGACUUACAAACUUAUUCAAGCCAGCUCCAUUAUUACAUUCAAUUCCACAAAAACCUCCUCUUCUCAUACAAGAAAGAAAGUCUCCACUUUUAUUGACCGAACAAGAGUAUAGAAGUUACGGUCUUAGAGGCGAAAGGCACCACCACCACCACCACAACUUAACCACUGCUCCUCCACCUGAUCCUUAUAGACCUGGUCCCGGUCAAGAAAGAGAAAGAGAAGCUGCCCGAGAUGAUCAUCCGGUCAUCCUUGAACAAGAAAGCAUGCAGUUCCUAAACCCAAAUAUGGUGACCGAACAUGAUUAUCGGGGUUAUGGAGUUAUGUAUGAUCCAUAUAGUAAUAGAACCACCGGUCAAGAAAGAGAAGAUGAUUCGGGCAGGAGGAUCCUACCCGGGCAACAAUAUAGUAGAAGUUAUGGAGCUGGAGGUGAUCAGGAUAAUACCCUUUUUCUAAGUGAAAAGGACUAUAGAACAUAUGGGCUUAAACGUCAACAUGAGACUCAAAAGCCAAAAAUAGAUACAAUUUCCAAUCUUGCCCCUGCCCCUACCCUCGGUUUGUAUCAGUCUGAACCAUAUUUUUAUGAACCAACUUCUAGUUUGGUGGAACGUUAUCUGCCUCUGCCGCCUCAUCCUUCCACCUCUUACCAAUAUGACAACAUCAGUGUGGAAAAUAGCGAGGGGCGAUUUCGUCAGGAAACAAUUUUAUCUGAUAGAGUAGAAAGGUUAUAUUCGGUUAAUGAGCAGCAACAAAACAUUGGUCAGGGUGAAUACAGCAGAUCUGGUGGAGCUGUUUCUUCUCGAUAUGCGUUUGUGGGCCCUUCUGUAGUACACCGUUGAUUGCAAUGAAAGGUUUCUUCUUUUGGUUAUCUUUCAAAUGUUGUCCCAGAAUCAAUCUUGUUACUGUCUGUAUACAUUUUAGUAUUUUAUUUAACAUCGCUCUACUUGCUUCAAGGGAAAA